AUGGUAUAUGAAGAAUAUAAUGAAAAUUAUACAAAAAAAAAUUAUUAUGAUUGUAAUUAUAUGAGGAAUGUGAGAUCACAUAAUUUUACAAAUAAUGAUAAUUGUAAAGAAAUUCGAAGACCCUCAUAUCAAAGAAUAUCAUAUAUAAACGAUCCAUUAAAAGACAUAUCAAUUAAACAAUGGAUGCUUCCUGUUACACCUGCAUUUUUUUCACCAUUAGUAUCUCCUCAGAAAAACACUUCUAAAAUGUCAGAUUUUUCUUUACCUCUUCUAAAUUCUAAUAUGCAUUUACCUACAUCCGGAAAUACUUUAGUACCUCCAGCAGGAGAAGCUUUUCGAGAAAUGAUGCGAUUAGCAGCAUUACCUGCCAUUUCAGGGUUGGCUGCUGAAGAGGCUCGUAAAGAGCAAUCUAGGCUUGAUGGAGGAUUUGGAACAGGAAAUCAUGGUGGUGUUGGUUCUGGUGCAUCUCCCUUUGGGGGUAUAGGAAGAAAACCAGGAAUAGGUUCAGCACCAGUAAAAGAGAAGGGUCCAUCAUCAUUAUUUAUAUUUAGUGAAGAUAAUUUUAUAAGAAAAAAUGCAAAAGCAAUUAUUGAAUGGGGACCGUUUGAAUAUUUUAUUUUAUUGACAAUCAUUGGUAAUUGUGUUGUUCUUGCCAUGGAACAACAUUUGCCUAAAAAUGACAAAAAACCUUUAAGUGAAAUGUUAGAAAGAACAGAACCAUAUUUCAUGGGAAUUUUUUGUUUUGAAUGUUUAAUAAAAAUUAUUGCCUUUGGAUUUAUCCUCCAUAAAGGGUCAUAUCUUCGUUCCGGUUGGAAUAUUAUGGAUUUUAUAGUUGUUGUCUCCGGUGUACUUACAAUGCUGCCAUUUUCGCCUUCUUCAAAUGAAACUGUUGAUUUAAGAACUCUUAGAGCUGUAAGAGUUUUGAGGCCAUUGAAACUUGUUAGUGGAAUACCAAGUUUACAAGUUGUAUUAAAAUCAAUCUUAUGUGCUAUGGCUCCACUUUUACAAAUAGGCUUAUUAGUUCUUUUUGCCAUUGUUAUUUUUGCAAUUAUUGGUCUUGAAUUUUAUUCUGGAAUUUUCCAUUCAGCCUGCUAUAAUUCUGAUGGUGAAAUAGAAAAUUUAAGUGAAAAACCAUUUCCUUGCUCGAAUAAAUCAUCAACAACUGGUGCAUAUAAUUGUGAUGUUCCUGGAACUGUUUGUAUCCAACAAUGGAUAGGUCCAAAUUAUGGAAUAACAUCUUUUGAUAAUAUAGCAUUUGCUAUGAUUACAGUCUUUCAAUGUAUUACUAUGGAAGGAUGGACAUCUGUAAUGUAUUAUACAAAUGACUCUCUUGGUAGUACAUAUAAUUGGGCAUAUUUUAUCCCUUUAAUUGUUCUUGGAUCUUUUUUUAUGUUAAACUUAGUUCUUGGUGUUUUGUCUGGUGAAUUUGCCAAAGAAAGAGAGAGAGUUGAAAAUAGGAGAGAAUUUUUAAAACUUCGACGACAACAGCAGAUAGAACGUGAACUAAACGGGUAUUUAGAAUGGAUUCUUACAGCUGAAGAAGUAAUAUUAAAAGAAGACAGAACAACUGAUGAAGAAAAAGCGGCUAUUAUGGAAGCUAGAAGGAGAGCAGCAACAAAAAAAUUAAAACAAGCAACAAAACAACAAAGUACUGAAACUGAAGAGGAACUUGAAGAGGAAGAGGAGGAAGAAGAUGAAGAAAGUUAUAUUGAAGAUCAUGGUGGUAAAAAAAUAAAACGAAGUUUCUUUGAUAAUAUAAAUCGUAAAAUUAGAAAUAUUCGUACCUCAUUACGAAUAAUAGUUAAAAGUCAAAUUUUUUAUUGGAGUGUAAUUACUUUAGUAUUUCUUAAUACUGCUUGUGUAGCUUCGGAACAUUAUGGGCAACCAGCAUGGUUUACGGAAUUCUUAAAAUAUGCUGAAUAUGGAUUUUUAGGAAUUUUUAUAUGUGAAAUGUUAGUGAAAUUGUUUGCAAUGGGAUAUAGAACUUAUUUUGCUUCUAAAUUUAAUAGAUUUGAUUGUAUAGUUAUUGUUGGAAGUGCAUUUGAAGUUUUAUGGGCCGAAGUAAAAGGUGGAUCUUUUGGUAUUUCAGUUUUAAGAGCUUUAAGGCUUUUAAGAAUUUUUAAAUUAACAUCAUAUUGGGUAUCAUUAAGAAAUUUAGUAAGAUCUUUAAUGAAUUCUAUGAGAUCUAUCAUUUCAUUAUUGUUCCUUCUAUUCUUAUUUAUUGUUAUUUUUGCACUUCUUGGUAUGCAAUUAUUUGGUGGAAAGUUUAAUUUUCCAAAUAUGCAUCCAUAUACACACUUUGAUACAUUUCCUAUUGCACUUAUUACAGUAUUUCAAAUUUUAACCGGUGAAGAUUGGAAUGAAGUUAUGUAUUUAGCUAUUGAAUCUCAAGGAGGUAUAUAUGAUGGUGGAAUGGUUUAUUGCAUUUAUUUUAUUGUUCUUGUAUUAUUUGGUAAUUAUACUCUAUUAAAUGUCUUCUUGGCUAUCGCUGUUGAUAACUUAGCUAAUGCUCAAGAAUUAACUGCAGCUGAAGAAGCGGAUGAAAAGGCAAAUGAAAUUUGUGAAGAUAGUGAUGAUGGUGAAGAUGAAAAUGGUGAUCAAUGUAUUGAUAUGGAAGAAAGAGAUUAUUAUGAUGAUGAAUGUGAGGAAGAGGAAUCACCUUUUGGAGGUCCUAAACCAAUGGUUCCAUAUUCUUCAAUGUUUAUUUUUUCACCCACAAAUUGUUUAAGAGUUUUUGUACAUUCAUUUGUAUCAACAAAAUAUUUUGAAAUGUUUGUCAUGUUUGUUAUUUGCUUAUCAUCUAUAGCAUUAUCUGCUGAAGAUCCUGUAGAUGAAGAAAAUCCAAGAAAUAAAGUAUUACAAUAUAUGGAUUAUUGUUUUACUGGUGUUUUUGCCUGUGAAAUGUUUUUAAAAUUAAUUGAUCAAGGAGUUAUAUUACAUCGUGGAUCUUAUUGUAGAGAUUUUUGGAAUGUAUUAGAUGGUGUUGUUGUAGUUUGUGCAUUAGUUGCAUUUUCUUUUGCUGGUACAGAUGGUGCAGCUGGAAAAAAUUUAAAUACCAUAAAAUCUCUUCGUGUUUUAAGAGUAUUACGUCCAUUAAAAACAAUUAAACGUAUUCCUAAAUUGAAAGCCGUAUUUGAUUGUGUUGUAAAUUCAUUAAAAAAUGUCUUCAACAUUUUAAUUGUAUAUUUCCUAUUUCAAUUUAUUUUUGCCGUUAUUGCUGUUCAAUUAUUUAAAGGAACAUUUUUUUAUUGUACUGAUAGUAAUAAAAAAUUUGCCCAUGAAUGUCAUGGACAAUUUUAUAUUUAUAGUAAACAAGAUUAUGAACCAAUUGUACAACCAAGAGAAUGGAAAUUAAGACCUUUUAAUUAUGAUAAUACAUUAAAUGCUAUGUUAACACUUUUUGUAGUAACAACUGGUGAAGGAUGGCCUGGAAUAAGACAAAAUUCAAUGGAUACAACAGAAGAAGAUCAAGGACCAUCACCAUUCUUUCGUGUAGAAAUGGCAUUAUUUUAUGUUAUGUUUUUCAUUGUUUUUCCAUUCUUUUUUGUCAAUAUUUUUGUUGCUUUAAUUAUUAUCACAUUUCAAGAACAGGGUGAAGCAGAAUUAUCAGAAGGUGAUUUAGAUAAAAAUCAAAAACAAUGUAUUGAUUUUGCUUUAAAUGCUAGACCAAGAUCUCUUUUUAUGCCUGAAAAUAAAAAUUCAAUGAAAUAUCGAAUAUGGAGAUUAGUAACAUCAACACCUUUUGAAUAUUUUAUUAUGGCAAUGAUUUGUUGUAAUACAUUAAUUUUAAUGAUGAAAUUUCAUGGUAAUUCUCCUGGUUAUGAAAAAGUUUUAAGAUUUUUUAAUACUGCAUUAACAGCAGUUUUUACUGUUGAGUCAAUACUUAAAAUUUUAGCAUUUGGUGUUAGAAAUUAUUUUAAAGAUGGAUGGAAUAGAUUUGAUUUUAUAACAGUUGUUGGUUCAAUUACAGAUGCAUUGGUAACAGAAUUUGGUGGACAUUUUGUAUCAUUAGGAUUUUUAAGACUUUUUCGUGCUGCACGUCUUAUUCGUCUUCUUCAACAAGGAUAUACAAUAAGAAUAUUAUUAUGGACAUUUGUACAAUCAUUUAAAGCAUUACCAUAUGUUUGCCUUUUAAUUGGUAUGUUAUUUUUUAUUUAUGCUAUUGUUGGUAUGCAAGUAUUUGGUAAUAUAAGAUUAGACCCAACAACAGAAAUUAAUCGACAUAAUAAUUUUCAAAGUUUUUUUAAUUCUGUUAUUUUAUUAUUUCGAUGUGCUACUGGUGAAGCAUGGCAAGAUAUAAUGUUAUCAUGUACUGCUGGAAAAUAUUGUGCAUCAAAAGAUGAAUUUACUGAAUAUAAUAUAAUGAAAGGUGCAACAUGUGGAACAAAUAUGAGUUAUGCAUAUUUUACAUCAUUCGUAUUUUUAUCAUCAUUUUUAAUGUUAAAUUUAUUUGUUGCUGUUAUUAUGGAUAAUUUUGAUUAUUUAACUCGGGAUAGUUCUAUAUUAGGACCACAUCAUUUAGAUGAAUUUAUUCGUGUAUGGGCUGAUUAUGAUCCUGCAGCUACAGGACGAAUUCAUUAUACUGAUAUGUAUGAAAUGUUACGAAAUAUAGCUCCACCUGUUGGUUUUGGUCGAAAAUGUCCUUAUCGUUUAGCAUAUAAACAUUUAAUUAGAAUGAAUAUGCCAGUUGCUGAAGAUGGAACAGUUCAUUUUACAACAACAUUAUUUGCCUUAAUUAGAGAAUCUUUAAGUAUUAAAAUGCGUCCAGUUGAAGAGAUGGAUGAAGCAGAUGAGGAGUUAAGGCAAACAUUAAGAAAAAUAUGGCCUUUAAAAGCUAAAAAGAAUAUGAUUGAUUUAGUGGUACCACCAAAUCAUGAACUAUGUUAUCAAAAAUUAACAGUUGGUAAAAUAUAUGCGGGUCUUCUUAUUUUAGAAAAUUAUCGUGCUAGAAAAACAGGAACAGAGAUAUGUAGUGGAGGACUUUUUGGUGGUGGAUUAAGAGGAUUAGUUGCUGCUGCAAAAUCUGCUGCAGGUGGGGGAGGUACAAGUAAUUUUCAGCCACCACUUCAUCAUACAGAACAUGAAGAUAAUUAUGAUGAUGAAAUAAGCAGUCAAAAUAAUGAUAAUAAAAAAUAUACUAAAAAUGAUAUUUCUUCAAAUUAUAAUCAUGAUGAAGGUACUUCAUUAAACAAUAAUUCACAUAUAAAUAUUCACCGACCUCAACAAUCAUUAUUUUCAACAAUUGUUGAUACAAUUAAACCUACAAAAAGUAAUGAUUCAAUAACAUCAAAUACUCAUGAAUAUCAACAAAAAAUAAGAAAUAAACCAAAAAAUGAUAAUAAUGAUAUGUAUUAUGAUAAUUCACAUACAAGUUUAGAUACAUAUUUACAAACAUAUGAUCGUGAACCAAUGAGAUAUGGAAAUAAUUAUAAUAAUGGUAAAUUUUCUGGUGUAUUUAGUAAAAUUCGACGUAGAGAAGCAAGGUCUGAUUAUCAACCAGUUAGUUUUCAGCACUACUUUCCAAGAUCACAAAGAUAUAUACCACGCUAUUGUGGUUCAUCACAAAACAAUUAUUAUUCUAAUAAAAGGGAUGACUAUUAUGAUGAGACACAGCAUCUUCUUUCUAAUCAAAGACAUAGUAGAAGUCCUUCACCUCAAGAUAUUCAUCAAAAUCCUUCUUUAUAUGGAAGAAGUUAUAGUGAAAGAUAUUCUGGUUACCAACCAAUUCAUAAUCCACCAAAUAUUAGUUAUUCAGAAGACCAUUCUGGACCUUAUAAUCGAUAUUCUGGUAAUAUGCCAAAAGGGCAUGAUAAUUUUUCGAUGCCUUAUUAUGGUGAAUCACAUACACCUAAAUUAAGUAGUUAUCAUAAUACACCAAAUAUACCAAAUACUAAUAAUCAUGUUCUUCAUCACCAACCUAUGGGAUAUACAAAUCCUUCUAAUCAAAGUUAUGAUGAUAUCUAUAAUGACAGAAAUUAUAGUAAUGAUAAAUCUAUUCAUAAUGCAGGAUCAUCUCAAAAUAUUCGUGUUAAUUGGAGAUAUGAUGAUCAAUAUGAUGAGGAUCCUAGGAUUGUACCAACGCAACGCCGUCUUCCAGAUAUAAAUAAAAUUUCAAUUCCCCGUCCACGUUCUGGUUUUAAUGAAUCUUCUUCUUAUGAAAAUACAAAUAACUAUACACGUUUUCAGCCUCAAUACCAUUCACAGGGGGGUGCACAAACAAUUGUAUAUGCACAACCAGGAAAUGUUCCAUUAAGUGAUUCAGAAGGAGAAGAAGGUGGAGAACGGUGGGCAAUGAUUUAG